AUGGAGCAAGCUCAACCCCAGAGUGGAGGGACGUCUGGCAGAAGAGGAGCAUCUGGCAGAGGAGGAGCGUCUGGCCGAGGAGGAGAGGCGUAUGGCCGAGCACGGCGUCCGGCCGAGGAGGAGAGGCGUCUGGCCGAGGAACAGCGCCUGGCCCAGGAGGAGAGGCGUCUGGCGAGGAAGAGAGGCGUCUGGCCGAGGAACAGCGUCUGGCAGAGGCGGAGCGUCUGGCUGAGGAGGCGAGGCGUUCUGGCCGAGGAAGAGAGGCGUCUGGCCGAGGAACAGCGCCUGGCCCAGGAGGAGAGGCGUCUGGUCGAGGAAGAGAGGCAUCUGGCCGAGGAACAGCGUCUGGCGAGGCGGAGCGUCUGGCUGAGGAGGCGAGGCGUCCUGGCCGAGGAAGAGAGGCGUCUGGCCGAGGCGCAGCGUCUGGCCGAGGAAGAGAGGCGUCUGGCCGAGGCGCAGCGUCUGGCCGAGGAAGAAAGGCGUCUGGCCGAGGCGCAGCGUCUGGCCGAGGAAGAGAGGCGUCUGGCCGAGGAACAGCGUCUGGCCGAGGCGGAGCGUCUGGCUGAGGAGGCGAGGCGUCUGGCCGAGGAAGAGAGGCGUCUGGCCGAGGAAGAGAGGCGUCUGGCCGAGGCGCAGCGUCUGGCCGAGGAAGAGAGGCGUCUGGCCGAAGCGCAGCGUCUGGCCGAGGAGGAGAGGCGUCUGGCCGAGGCACGGCGUCUGGCCGAGGGUCGGCGUCUGGCUGAGGAGGAGAGGCGUCUGGCCGAGGAAGAGCGCCUGGCCGAGGGCACAGCGUCUGGCCGAGGAAGAGAGGCGUCUGGCCGAGGCACAGCGUCUGGCCGAGGCACAGCAUCUGCCGAGGAGGAGAGGCAUUUGGCCGAGGCACAGCGCCUGGCCGAGGAAGAGAGGCGUCUGGCCGAGGCACAGCAUCUGGCCGAGGAGGAGCGUCUGGCUGAGUCACAGCGUCUGGCCCAGGAGGAGAGGCGUCUGGCGCAGGAGGAGCAUCUUGCCGAGUCACAGCGUCUGGCCGAGGAGCGUCUGGCCGAGGAGGAGAAGCGUCUGGUCCAGGAGGAGUGUCUGGCCCAGGAGGAGAGGCGUCUGGCUGAGGAACAGCGUCUGGCCGAGGCACAGCGUCUGGCCGAGGAGGAGCAUCUGGCCGAGGCACAGCGUCUGGCCGAGGCACAGUGUCUGGCCGAGGAACAGCGUCGGGCUGAGACGGAGCGUCUGGCCGAGGAGGAGCGUCUGGCUGAGGCACAGCGUCUGGCCGAGGCACAGCGUCUGGCCGAGGAGGAGCGUCUGGCCGAGGAGGAGCGUCUGGCCGAGGCGGAGCGUCUGGCCGAGGAGGAGAAGCGUAUGGCUGAGGAGGAGCAUCUGGCCGAGGCGGAGCGUCUGGCCGAGGCGGAGCGUCUGGUCAAGGAGGAGAAGCGUCUGGCCCAGGAGGAGCAUCUGGCCGAGGAGGAGAGGCGUCUGGCCGAGGAACAGCAUCUGGCUGAGGAGGAGAGGCGUCUGGCCGAGGAGGAGAGGCGUCUGGCCGAGGAACAGCGUCUGGCCGAGGACAAAUCGCUGGCAGCACGGGGGGCGUGUGCUGGCUGAACAUGAGGAGUGUUUCAGUCUUGACUCUGAUGUCUCGCGUUCCUCAGGACUGGGGCCUCUCUGAGUCCUUUGAGUGGUCAACACCGAGAUCGCUGGAACGAGCCAGGACAGGACAGGAAA